AUGAGAGAAAGCGAGACAAGUACGUACAGAGAUCUACAUUUUCCGGCUCUUCUCGUCGGAGGAUCUUUCGCCGCCGUCGCAAUAUGUCUUUCUCUUUUCCUUAUCAUCCAGCACCUCCGUUUCUACACCAAUCCCUCUGAGCAAAAAUGGAUUGUUCCUGUUUUGUUUAUGGUCCCUGUUUAUGCUACUGAAUCUAUCAUUUCCUUGUCCAAUGCAAAACUCUCACUGCCUUGUGACAUUUUGAGAAACUGCUAUGAGGCUUUCGCAUUGUACUCCUUUGGAAGUUACUUGGUCGCAUGUCUAGGUGGUGAAAGAAGAGUUGUUGAAUUUCUCGAAGAUGAAUCAAGAGAACCAUUAUUAGAAGGAGCAGAAAAUGAGCGCAACAAUAAGAAGAGGAAGAAGCAGAAGCAGAGUAGCCCAUUUUGGAAGUUCUUGUGUGAACCAUAUGUCUUAGGACCAGAGCUCUUUGUGAUAGAGAAGUUCGGUCUUGUCCAGUACAUGAUCCUCAAAACCUUUUGUGCAUUCUUGGCAUUUUUGUUGGAACUUCUCGGUGUUUAUGGUGAUGGUGAAUUCAAAUGGUAUUACGGGUAUGCACCAAAGUGCGGUAAAAUCACGAGGAUGAAGACGGAAGUUAAGCUAGACGAAAGUGGCGGUGUUGUUGAGAAGAAGGAGACUCAUGUUGAAGCAUCUGGGACAAGUAUUAAGGAGAGUGUGCAAGACAUAGUUAUGGACGGUGGACAACAUGUUGUAAAGGAUGUGGUUCUUACGAUAAACCAAGCGAUGGGACCGGUUGAGAAGGGUGUAACGAAGAUACAGGAGAAGCUUAUGGAUUCGGAUGGUAAGGAAGAAAAAGAAGCAGAAGUGACCGUUGAGACUUCUGUAGAGAAAAAAGAUCAAUGA